AUGGUGAAGGAAAUAGAGUAUUACGAUAUCCUCGAAGUUUCUUCUUCUGCUUCCGAUGAUCAAAUUCGCAAAGCUUAUUAUCACAAGGCAAAGCAAGUUCAUCCUGAUAGAAACCACAACGAUCCUAAUGCUGCACACAAAUUCCAGAAUUUGUGCGAAGCGUAUCAGGUUUUGAGCGAUCCAGUACAGAGAAAUGUGUAUGAUCAAAAUGGGAAGCAUUCUGUAUCUAGAGAAACUAUGCUUGACCCAAUGGCUUUCUUCGCCCAGCUCUUUGGAAGUGGAUUGUUUGAGGACUAUGUUGGGCAUCUAGAUGUUGCAUCGAUGGCUUCUUCUGAACUAGCUAGUGGAAUUGAGGAUUUGCAGGAAAAGCUAAAGGCUGCCAAGAAAGAAAGGGAAGAAAAGCUAGCAAGAUUCUUGAAAGAUUUUCUCAGCCAAUAUGUUCGUGGUGACCAAAGGGGUUUCUACCAGCGCGCAAAAUCUGAAGCAAGACGGCUCUCUCAUGCAGAGUUUGGAGUUGACAUGUUACAUACCACAGGCUAUAUAUAUUCAAACCAAGCAGCACAAGAACUAGGGAAAAAUGCCCUUUAUCUGGGAGUGCCAUUUCUGGCAGAAUGGGUUUGCAGUAAGGGACAUUAUUGGAAAUCACAGUUUACAGCUGCUAAAGGUGCUUAUCAGUUGUUCCAACUUCAAAAAGAACUCCGCAAGCAAUCUGAAACGGGUGGUAGUUGCCCCGAAAAUGUUGACUCACAUAUUCGUCCUGAUCAGGAGACAUUUAUAUUGAAUUCUUUGUGGAAGAUAAAUGUAGCAGACAUAGAAGUAACCCUUGCACACGUGUGUCAAAUGGUGCUAAAGGAAAACAACGUUAGGAAAGAGGAACUUCAAGGUCGGGCUACCGCUCUUAAAAUUGUUGGGAACAUAUUUCAGGAAAAGAAUUCAAAAGGAGAAACACCAAAGAAGAAACUCGCUGAUGAUUCUGAUGACGAAGGAAGCACAGCUCUUUCCUCAGACAAUGAAUCCCAUAGAGCACGAACCUAUCAAACUCCCUCUUUCAAUCAGGGUAUGGGUAGGCUCUUCAAAAAGGAGAAAGUUAUUGUGGAUGAUGAAGAGGAGAAAGUUUACAAAAACCAAUGUCUUAUCUUUUUGUCUCUUGCUAUUUUCAUUACUCUUGUGGGUGUACUUCUAUCUUCCCUUCCAUAGCAAUCUUGACUACAUGUAAUCUACUCUUAGCUAGAGAUAUUGU